AUGAAGACGAAGUAUCAAUUCAGAUGGAUUAUUUCUCUUCCCUGGACCCUGGCUUGCCUCCAUUGUUUCAGAGUACCACAGAUGCUGUCCGUGACAUCUUCACCAACAUUGAUGAUCUGCACAUUCAUACAAUACAAACUUCUAAAUGGUGGAUUCGACAAACCAGACAUAGGUGAAUUGUUAAAAGAUGGACUGGCUGAUGACGACCAUGAUAUCCUCCAAACUGAUAACUUGCUCACCACACCGCCGGGUUUUUCCAUUGGUGGAAAUUUCAAAAGAAAGAACUGUGAUUGGCUGACGACAGACCAAUCAGCCGCCUCCUUGUCUCUCAACAGUUUAAAAGAAUUGUUUGAAGAUGAUGAUACUGGCAUUUUUAGCCUUGCAAAGAAGACAAAAGUUGACGGUGAUGGUGAAGUUUUCAAGGAAACGGAAGCUGACGUAUCAUCAGAGGGUCUUAAGAGGUUGACAUCAGAAGUUAUAGUGCUCUCUCACAUUCACGAGGCUAUUAGCUCCUCCCACUCAUCAUACAACAACCAAUCAUCGUCGAGGAAUAAUUAUGACGAUGAUGGCGAGGAUGUUGCGGGAAAGUUUGUCAAUGUCGUCGAUGUUCAGAAGCCAGUUAAAAAUUUUAGAAAACUUCUGCCCGUCAUGGCGCUCAAUUUCGAGUUUGAGUUGGACAGCUUUCAGAAGCAAGCCAUCCUGUUGAUGGAGAGGAAGCAGAAUGUUUUCGUGGCAGCCCACACUUCCGCCGGCAAGACCGUCGUUGCUGAGUACGCCAUAGCCCUCUCCCUCAAUCACAUGACCAAAGUCAUAUACACCUCCCCCAUCAAAGCUCUAUCCAAUCAGAAGUUCCGAGAUUUUAAAAAUAAAUUCGGCGACGUGGGAUUGGUCACUGGAGAUGUGCAGAUCGCACCGGAAGCUAAUGUCCUUGUUAUGACCACUGAGAUCUUGCGGUCUAUGUUGUACAACGGAUCUGACGUCAUCAGGGAUCUGGAGUGGGUGAUCUUCGAUGAGGUGCACUACAUCAAUGAUGCUGAUAGAGGUGUGGUAUGGGAGGAGGUGUUGAUCUUGUUGCCUGAGCACGUAAAGAUUGCCAUGCUCAGUGCCACCGUGCCCAACACUAAAGAGUUUGCUGAAUGGGAGGACGAAGAAGAAGAUGGUGAGCGUGAUAAGCACAACAAAGCGGCCAGUGCCCCUGGAGCACUUUAUCUACACAGGCACCAACCAGAAAACUUCCAAGGAGAACAGCAGAUCUGGUUGUCACUGAUUCACGAAUUGGAGAGACAGAGCAAACUCCCCGCUGUUUCGUUCGUCUUCUCGAAGAAGAGGAUCAACGAGAAUGCCGACAGGUUGACCUCUCUCGACUUGUUGGACUCGUCGGAAAGAAGCAAGGUGGUCGUCUUCUUCAACAAGUGUCUUCAAAUGCUCAAACCUCCAGAUAGGGAACUGCCACAGGUUCGAAGUUUGAGGGAUCUGCUGGUCAGGGGCAUUGGGGUGCACCACAGUGGCAUCCUGCCCAUACUGAAGGAGAUCGUCGAGAUGCUCUUUCAGAGGGGGCUUGUUAAGGUGAAUACAUUCAGAUGGCUGGAAGAGCUGGAAGAAGAGGAUUGGAUAAGACAGAGCAAACUGACCAGUUCAUCAUUCUCAUCGAAGACCUUGGUGGUUGGCAGAUUGGUGGCCGUCAGUAAGAUUGGCGAUUGCGAUGACGUCAUCGGUGUUCUGCUCUCUACUGCUUCCGGCAUCGGUUCAGGGAAGCACUACAAAGUACUUGUCAACUGCGACAGCAAACUGAACAACACUCUACCUGCAGAUGAUAGCAAGGACAUCAAACCGAAACACUACGUUGGUCUGAGGCCUUACCUGCCGACUGGCUCCAUCUCGGCUAGGAUAUUUGAAUUGAGCGCCAACCGUUUCAGCGCUAUUUUUAGGAAUUGUUUAAAAGUGAAUGCCGAUAAAAUUAUUGAAGACGUCAGGAAGAGAGAUAUGCCGAGGUUCAAAGAUGAUCUGCCGUCACCGAGCACUCAACAGGCCAGUCAGGAACUGAUGAAAAUUGCGAAGGAUAUUUACGCUGGCGACAACGGCAAGAAUCCAACCCCACCGGCUCUACUUGAUCCAGUGUCUGACCUGCAUAUCCAUGAGGUUGAUGUGGUCGAGUUGUCUCAGAGAUACAAGUUCCUCGAAGGUUUUGGAUCCGGAGAGGAGUUUAAGUGCCAGGAGAGUGACCUGUUUGUUGAGAAGUUUAGAGAAUACAGAGCCGAAGCAAAAAUUGACGAGGAGAUGAAAGAAAUACGGUACAAGUUGUCUGAUGAGAGUCUGCUCUUUCUGCCUGAAUACCAACAACGAGUUGAAGUACUGCGGUCGUUGAAAUGCGUCGACCCGCGUUCGAACACGAUCCGCUUGAAAGGCAAGGUGGCUUGCGAGAUCAGCCACCAGGAGCUGAUCCUCACCGAGGUCAUCUUCCAGAAUAUCCUCUCCGAUUUCCCACCCGAAGUCAUUGCCGCCCUGCUAUCAUGCUUGGUGUUUGAGCAGAAGAGGUGCUCCGAGCCGAAUCUCAACAAAGUUUUGAAUGAGGCCAAAGAGAAGUUCGUCAGACUGGCUGCCAACUUAACAGAAGUUCAGCGUCAGCAUGGAUUGUUAGGAGUGGAUGUGCUGGAGGAAUGCAACUUCGGCUUGAUGGAAGUUGUUUACGAGUGGGCCAAGGGUGUGCCAUUCGCUAAGUUGAUGGAGCUGACAGAUGUGGAGGAAGGGGUGAUUGUUCGGUGCAUCCAGCGGCUCAGUGAGACCUUCAGGGAUCUGACGAAGGUGAGUAACAUCAUCGGAGACCCUGUACUCAGUAAGAAGGUGGAGGAAGGUCUGAGGAUGAUUAAGAGGGACAUCGUGUUUGCUGCUAGUCUCUACGUGCAGUGAUCCUGGUGACGUGAGCAGCUGCUUAUGGUGAUGAUGUUUUGAUGACGUGAUUGAUGAUGUAGUGGUGAUGUGCUGAUGAUGUGGUAAGAAAAUGUUGUCUGUCUGUAUGCAUGUGCAGUGAUGGUGGUUCGGGUUUUACGGUGGUACGUUUGUUCAGCAUGAAGUUAAAUGAUGAUGAUCUGGCGAUGAUGUUGCUAUGAUGUUAUGAUGGUCUGGUGAUGAUGAUGAUAUUUGAUGAGGUGAUGCUUUUAAAGGAAGUUAUGAUUGUAGUAAAGGUGAUGCUGACGUUAAUGGUUAUGAGGGAUGACGGCGAUAGAUGUUGUGGUGAAAGUGAUAAUAUCGUCGUGAUGUGAUGGUGGUCUCUGAUGACGUAUCAACCGAUGCGUCAUGAUUGUUGUGAUGUUCAUGAUUGAAUAAUUAUGUUUUAUUUGUUUAUUUGGUUUUUAACUUAUUAUCAUCUUAUAAAAUCAAUCAAUCAAUCAAUCAACCAACAAUCAAUUAAUCAAUCAAUCAAUUAGCUUAUGAAGCGAUAUUUUCGUAUAAAAAAAACCAUAUAAACUU